CCCCGCUUACGGUGAAACCAUGCCGUUUUACGAAGCCCAUGGGCGUGGUUCUUCGUUGGCUCGUUGCUCCUCUGUUGGCCUACGUCGACUGCGGUUGCGCGCUCGGCAGAGUGCCAUGCAUGGAAGAGCUCCAUUUCAACUAGUCAACCCGCUCCACCUUAUUUCUUCGUUUAGGUGCUUCAAAGCAUUCCCGGCCCAGUUCAAAUGCCACAAAAAUUCCCUCAUACUUUCUCUAGAUUUUCAUGGUUUUCAUGAGUCUUUGGAAAAUCGAGCUUCUUCACUGCUGCUAGAUUGCUCUGAAUCCAAGUGCCUGCAGCAUGGACGUCAAGUCCAUGCCCAGAUCAUUGCAAAUGGAAUUUAUGAUGUUCGUCAGCUGAAAAACAAAGUGUUGGGUAUGUAUGUACUCUGUGGGAGUCUAUGGAACGCUAAGAAUGUAUUCUUGAGUAUUAAGGAAACCCAGUCUUUGCAUUGGAAUUGGAUGAUCAGAGGGUUUUCGAUGAUGGGCCGGUUUGACUUUGCUCUGCUAUUCUAUAUUAAGAUGCUGGAUUCUGGUGUUUUACCGGAUAAAUUCACGUUUGUUUAUGUGAUCAAGGCAUGUUGCAGCCUUUCAGCUGUGAACUUCGGUAGGUUCGUGCAUAGGCUUUUGGUUUCGAUGGGCUUUGAUGGAGAUUUGUUCGUGGGAAGCUCCUUGAUUAAGAUAUAUGCGGAAAACAAUUGUCUGCAAGAUGCACGCCAAGUGUUUGAUAAAAUAUCUGAGCGUGAUUGUGUUCUUUGGAAUGUGAUGAUCGACGGAUAUGCAAGGAAUGGUGAUGUUCUUGGAGCUUUGGAACUGUUUAAUGUGAUGAGGAGUUCUGAGGUAAGACACAAUUCAGUAACCUUUCUUUGUGUUCUGUCGAUGUUGACUUCCAUGAUGGAGCUGCAAGGUGGUAUGCAGAUUCAUGGGCUGGCAAUUCGUUGUGGGUUUGAUCUUGAGGUUUCUGUCGCAAAUGCAUUACUAACAAUGUACUCAAAAUGCCACUUUCUGCCGGAUGCACGUCUAGUAUUUGACCUCAUUCGUCAAAAAGAUGUGGUUUCUUGGAACGGAAUUAUUGCUGGGUAUCUCCAUAAUGGAUGUAUCAGUGGAGCAUUGGGUGUCUUCAGUGAGAUGCAAUUGGCUGGUGCCAAGCCAGAUUCUGUUACUUUUGCUAGCUUGCUUCCAUCUUUUGCAGAAGCAGCAGGUCUGAGACAAGGUAAAGAAGUUCAUGCUUAUAUUCUGAGAAACAGUUUGUCGUUUGAUGCAUUCGUGAAGAGUGCUCUCAUGGACAUAUAUUUCAAAUGUAGUAAUGUGGAACUGGCACGUAAGGUUUUUUGUGUAACUGGUGCCAUUGAUGUAGUCAUAUUUAGCACGAUGAUUUCAGGGUGUGUGCUGAAUGGUUUGAAUCAUGAUGCUUUAGUGAUGUUUAGGAUAUUGCUGCAGUCAAAUAUGAGACCCAAUUCUGUGACAUUGGCAAGUACCUUGCCUGCAUGUGCUAGUUUGGCAGCUUUGAAAGUGGGGAAGGAGCUCCAUGGCUACAUUCUAAAGAGUGCUCACAGUAACAUUUGUUUUGUAGGCAGUGCACUAGUGGACAUGUACGCUAAGUGUGGGAGACUUGAUCUUGGUUUGAAUGUUUUCAAGAAAUUAUCUGGAAGGGAUACUGUGGCAUGGAACACAGUCAUCACAAGCUGUUCUCAGAAUGGACAACCAGAGGAAGCCAUUAAAUAUUUUCGGCAUAUGGGUAUGGAAGGAGCAUUAUAUGAUUGUGUCGCGAUAUCAGCUGCUCUGUCUGCAUGUGCUGCCAUACCAGCCCUACAUUAUGGAAAACAAAUCCAUGCAUUCAUAAUCAGAGGUGCCUUAAGAACAGAUGUCUUUGCUGAAAGCGCUCUGAUUGACAUGUAUGCAAAAUGUGGCAAUCUGGUUUUUGCACGGGGUGUGUUUGAGUUGAUGCAUGAGAAAAAUGAGGUAUCGUGGAACAGUAUGAUUUCUGCUUAUGGGACUCAUGGACAUGUGGAUAGUGCAAUUUCCUUAUUUCACAAAAUGCUAGAAACAGGCAUUCACCCAGAUCAUAUUACCUUCCUUUCUAUAAUUUCAGCAUGCAGCCAUGCUGGUUUGGUUGAUGAAGGGUUUCACUUCUUCAACUGCAUGAGCAAGGAUUAUGGGAUUAUGGCUCGUAUGGAGCAUUAUGCUUGCAUGGUUGACCUCUUUGGUCGUGCUGGAGAUUUAGAGAAAGCCUUGAGCAUAAUUAGGAGCAUGCCAUUUGAACCAGAUUCUGGUAUAUGGGGAGCAUUGCUUGGGGCCUCCCGUGUUCAUGGUAAUGUUGAAAUAGCAGAUGUAGCUUCUAAGAAGCUUUUCCAUAUGGAUCCAUCCAAUUCUGGAUAUUAUGUCUUGUUGGCUAAUACCCAUGCUGAGGCUGGUGGUUGGGAGGAUGUUCUUAAAGUGCGAAGUUUGAUGAAAGAAAGAGGAGUUCAGAAGUUACCUGGUUGCAGCUGGAUCGAGAUUGGCAGGUCUUCACGUAUGUUCAUUGCAGCUGAUACUUCCCAUCCAGAAUCAGCUCAGAUCUAUUUGCUACUGAGAUGUUUACUUCUUGAGCUCAGGGAAGCAGGAUAUGUGCCCCAAACCAGAUUUGAUGCCGUGAUUGCUCGUUCAGGUAAUGCAGUGGCAACACUUUGAUCACACCAGUGUUGUCGAUUAGCUGAAGGCUUGUAUACUUGCAUGUUCAUGGUGCUGAAGGCUAUAGAACUUGAGAAUACACUGGUUUGUCUGGUUUCUGUAAAAAGCAGUGCAGCUUAAAGGAGGCAUUACCACAUUUAUCAGUUGAAUCCAGCUCCAUACAGGAUUGAUACAAUUGUUCUUAAAAUAUGGGAACUGCCAAUUAAUAUUUAUGUGUCUGAAAGAGCCAAAUGGUUGGUUGGAUGCACCUGAAGGACAACAUUCAUUGACAUAUAGCAUGACAUGGAGUUGGCUUGUGGAGGUUCAUAAAGUAAUCUACAAAUCACAGCACAAUCAAAGGGCAUGGCUAUCAGGAGAACAUUACAUUGGCAUUUAUAAAAUGCACAAACUAUGAAUAUAAGCCUGGAGAAUGAAGGCCAGCUUGCUCGUGGUAUCUCCAAACAAGUUGCUUUUAUUCAUUGUGGGGCUCCAUUGGUCAAGAAAGAAGGAUUCGGCUGUCCCCCCUUUGGAUGGCAGCAGGCGAAAGAGCACCAAAGACAUGAAAUAAUUGGCUUUCCGAUGAGCAAAACAAGGAGCAGUUCAUUAUGAGCUGGCUAUACUUAAGUAUGGAGGCAACCGUGCCAGCGUAAUACAGGAAAUCAGGACGUGAUCAUUUAUGCCUGAAAAUGGCUGAUGGGACAGAGACAUGAUCAUCUACGCCCAAAAGUUACCAAAAAGUCAAUAUGGAAAUGGAAAAUAUCUGGGAAAAUUAAACAUAUGAGAACUAUAUAUGUUAUUUUCCCGUGGUAAGUUGCAGAUCUUGUUUGUGCAUGCGACUAACCUGCAAAUGCUUGAGGGAACCAUACGGUUUUCCUCAGCAUGAUCUAUAACCAUGUUAAUAUGUCUAAUUUGCUUGAAUAUAUCCGACAUUCUUAUCCUCAAAA